GAGCGCAAAACUCGUUCAGUUGUCCCGGAACUGUGAGACGGCAAUGGCGGCAAAACAGGUCGGCGGCGAUGGCAGUUUACCGGCGAAUCUAGCCGGGAUGACAAAGAGUCAGCUCUACGACAUCAUGUCUCAGAUGAAGGCACUGAUUGAUCAGAACCAGCAACAAGCAAGGGAGAUCCUGAUUCAGAACCCUGUUUUGACGAAGGCUCUUUUCCAGGCACAAAUCAUGCUCGGAAUGGUUCAGCCGCCUCAAGUGAUUCCAAAAAUUGAGCCACAGGCAUCACAACAACCUCAACAGUCUCAUCAAGCUGUUCCACCAAAGUCAAACAUACAAACCCCUAUAUCUUCUGUACAAGGUGGCUUACAAGAGCCGAUAGUUACAACACAGCCUCAAGCCCCUCUGAGAAAGCACCCGAUGCCACAGCCAAUGCCUAUGCCUCCGUCUUCUGUUCCCGCUACCAACAAACCUUCUCAGCGCCAGCAGCAUUUUAACCCCGCAGUCACUUUGCCGCCUCCUCAGUCUUCUCAAGUUCAAAGUGCACCUCCAGCUUCUAUUCAUUCUACAUCACAGCCACCACCGUUUCACCAUCUCGAUAUCCCUGCUUCCUCAACUCAAUUGCAACAACCAAUGCAUUCAGGUGGAGUUCCUCAUUUGCCUCCGCAACAGCCACUGCCUCCACAGCCUAGACCAUCUUCGAUGCCAUCGUAUCAUCAUCAGUUCGGACCAGCCCAGACAGGGCCCAAUGUAGGUUUUCAGCACCAUGGUGCACCUCCGCAGCAUCUUUCACAGCCCAUAUUUCAUUCAGGCGCCCGACCUGCUGGGAGCCGACCUCAAUUCCCACAUGGACAGCCACAUCUACCUAGUCAGCCACCAUACCAUGGUGGUGGUCCUCCUUUCGGCGGAGAAUAUAAUGACAAAGCCGGAGGUCCCAUUGCAGCUGAAAGAGGGUCGUCUUGGAUGCCCGGUCAGUCAGAGGGUUCAAUCAUGAAUCAACUUCCGGGUGCAGUAUCAGUUCCUCCACCGGGCCUAAUUGGCCAGGGGGGUGUUCCACCUGCUCAGCCUGCACCGUUGACGGCGGAGAUGGAGAAGGCGUUGCUGCAACAGGUGAUGAGCCUUACACAAGAGCAGAUCAAUCUGCUGCCUCCCGAGCAAAGGAACCAAGUCUUCCAGCUUCAGCAGCUUCUUCGCCAUUGAAUAAAACACCAAACCAAAGGCCUGUAGUAGUGUCCUUUAUUUUCUCUCUGUUAUUUUUCUGCUUGAUCAUGUUCUCUUUGACUUUUAGCUGUGUUGUGUUCUGUCUUGUCGGGAAAAUCUCUUUUGAGAAACUUGUAGAUUUCUUUUUUUUUUUUUUAAAUGUUGAAGGCUUUUACUUUUGAUCACAUUUA